GUUUUCCGAUAACAACAACCCGUUAACAUAGUGUAAUGUGCUUGUUCGAAUAGAGCUUGGUUGUGUGAAUUUUAUUUCUCUCACGGUAAAUACUAGACUAGUUUCCAAAAUGGCAGCCACCAUAAGCAGAGCUGCAGCGAAGGUUCUUCGGUCAGCAACAGUUCGAAGUCUGUCCCAAACUAACAAAAGAUGGUUUUCACCUUCUGCGUCCCACCUGCGGUCUAUGUCUGCAACAGACCUCUCCACCUUGCAAGAGGGCUUCCGGGCAGCACCUCUCACCAUCCUCAGUGAUGAAGAACGCAUGAUGAAGGAAACUGUUGCACGGUUUGCGGCUGAGAAAAUACAACCGCUGGUGAAAGAAAUGGACGAGCAUGCCGUUUUCGACCGAUCUCUUGUUGCUGGGCUUUUUGAGAAUGGGUUGAUGGGCAUAGAGAUCCCUAGUGAGUACGCUGGAACAAACUCCACGUUCUUCGUGGCCAAUCUCGUUGUUGAGGAGAUAGCCAAGGUGGAUCCGGGAAUCUCCCUGCUUGUAGACAUCCAGAACACUCUCAUCAACCGUCUCAUUGAUGACUUUGGAACCAAGGAACAAAAAGAGAAAUAUUUGACAAGACUUGCUACGGACACGGUUGGCUGUUUCUGUCUCUCAGAGGCUGAGUCAGGGUCCGAUGCCUUCGCAAUGAAGACGUCAGCUGUGAAGCAAGGCAACCACUUUGUUCUAAAUGGCGAGAAAAUCUGGAUAUCCCACUCCUCCUUUGCUGGCCUCUUCCUUGUAUUUGCCAAUGCUAAACCCACCGAUGGCUACAAGGGCAUCACAUGUUUCAUCGUGGACGCAGACUCCGAGGGCAUCACCAUUGGAAAGAAAGAGAACAAGGUCGGCAUCAGGGCGUCAGAGACAUGCUCAGUGCAUUUUGAAAAUGUCAAGGUACCUGAAGAGAAUCUCCUGGGUCAGUUUGGCCAUGGGUACAAGUAUGCCAUUGGUGUGUUGAAUGAAGGAAGAAUUGGAAUUGCAUCCCAGAUGCUGGGUCUGUCACAGGGCUGUUUCGACCAUGCAGUUGCCUACACCCGGGAACGGAAACAGUUUGGACGUAGAGUUUGUGACUUCCAGGCUAUGCAGCACCAGAUCUCCCACGUGGCCACCCAGAUCGAGGCUGCCCGGAUGAUGAUCUACAAUGCAGCUCGCCGCAAGGAGGCGGGGCUCCCCAUCAUGAAGGAGGGGGCCAUGGCCAAAUACUUCGCUUCCGAGGUGGCCACACUGACCACGUCCAAGUGCAUGGAGUGGAUGGGUGGCGUGGGCUUCACCAAGGACUACCCCAUAGAGAAGUACUACAGGGACUGCAAGAUCGGUUGUAUUUACGAGGGAACGAGCAACAUUCAGCUGAACACGAUAGCCAGGUGCUUGGAGCAGGAGAGCCAGCAGUAGACGGCUCCAGAUUGUGGAUUCAUGCGGGUAUCGUCUCCAGAGAUGGAGUAACGGACUGAGAUGUUUGCAUUGCGGCCCCGUCUGUCGUGCACAUAGUUUACUAUACGUGCUGCAGUCACUGUGAUGUUAAGGCAGUCUCAUGCUGGCACUAGUUGCAAGAAUUUAUAACAGAUCAACUCACUGCGUGAUAAUGAUGGAGAUAUCCAUGAAAUAUAAAAAAAUAUUCCCAGUUAGACAAGAUUGUACAACAAUGUUUUGGGAGUAAACAGAUAAUCUAUGUGUAGAAUCAAAAGUAUUGAAACAUGUUCAAGCUUGUUUCACAAAUCUUUUAUUGAUGUUUUUGCUAAGUUUGCCCUUAUUGAUAAUAUUGAAAUAUUUACAGCAUUUGUGAUCUCUGAUAUGUAAACGUAAGGCAGUAACCGGACUCUGAUAUAUGUUGAACAUAUUUAUGAAUGUUUAUGGAAGGUAGCAGUACAAUUAUCUUAAUAGUUUUGUGAGCACUAGGACAAAUGUGUGACAGUGUUGAUUUCUACCACUUGCAGUGAAGUGACUGACUGUACAGAUUAUAGUAGGAUGUAGGGGUGAAACGACUCAGCAAGGUCACGCUACGAUACGUAUCACAAUACACUUGGGUAUGAUUUGCAUUAUUAUGUCAAAUCACAUGGAAACUUCUUAACUAAAUAUUUUAGAACAGGGUCAAAGGGAAAAGCUUGCUGUAGCUGGUGUUUUCAGUCGUAAAAUUGUAGCGCUAAUUACAACUCUUAUUGACAAAAACACUUGGGGGUCAUUAAACAACUAGUAAGUGAUAUUUUUUGGUUAGUGUAUUAUUUCGUAUCAAUAAAGGUAAUAUGUAUUGUGUAUCGUAUCGUCUCAUGAAAACCCACGACCAUGUUUCAUACCCUUAACUGGUAUUUAUUUUUAACAUUUUAAAGCUUUUUUCUUUUUAUGAAGAUGUUUAAUGUUGGUUAUUCGUUGUAAUUGUUUUCAGUGGGCUGUUAGUUAACCGACAGAUAAAAUUUGGCCAUGUGUUCUCAGAAACAUGCAUGGCUCAAGUACGUGAAUGCUACAGUAGCCAUAACAGUCAAGGGGGCUGUCGGCUAGCCUAGCGGUUAAAGCGUUAGCUCGUCACAACGAAGACCUGGGCUUGAUUCCCCAAAUGGGUACAAUGUGUGAAGUUAAUUUCUGGUGUCCCCCGCCGUGAUAUUGCUGGAAUAUUGCCGAAAGCGGCGUAAAACCAUACUCACCCACUGUAACAGUCGAAUCAAUCUUGAAUCUCAGCAGAUGUAACUUAUAACAUGGAUGUGUAAAUAUGUAAAUAGUAGUGUGUAAAGAUUAUGUAGUGGUAUGUUUGUAGAAUACUACUGACCGUACCACUGGUUGUAUGAUUUGAAGGAACAAGUUCUGUAGUGUAUCAUGCCAGCUAAUUAAGGAUAUCUGCACUGUUCAGUUUGAUGGAGAUAAUGAUGGCAUUUCAUUAUCUGUGUCCUAUGUACCCAAAAUUAUGUAUGUUAUCAUUUUCAGAAUUGGUAUUAAAAAUCAAUGUUAAUAAUCAGGGAUGAGAAUUUUCUGUGGAUCCGCGAAUUUUAGUGACCACAAAUUUGUUAAAAUCUGAUAGCUUCCCCCAUAAACACUCCCAAUUUAUGGACCAUGCUCCAUUACAAAGGAGUUUCAGCUGAAAAGGAAAAUAUAAAUUCUCAUCCCUGAAUAAUGUGUACAUUAAUAAGGGUAAGCUAUUUCAUAAAGUAUGUAAAGAUUGUUGAUAGAUUAGAUCUCAGUCCCUGUUUGUUAGCACUCUCAUGACAGUAAAUUUAAUAUAUACAUCAAGCAAUUUAUUGUUUGAGAUAUACCUGUAGUACUAACGGGAGUGGUAUUUGUGUGAGUGCUAGAUUUUCUUGUUAAUUGAUGAGAGUGGUAGACCUGGGUUGAUGGUGUUUGUGUGAGUAUGUUUGUGUCUUUGUUGUGUGGAAUAUGUAUUCAAGCACUAGUGGUCAAGCAGUGUGAUAUGAUGUCAACAUGUUUCUCGAUCAUUCGUCACCACUUGCCCCUUUCUGUAACCUGUAAGAGGACUUGUCCCCCUUUCGAUGAAUGUUAUGUACGGCAAACCAAUCAGAAUGUGCGUAUAAAGUUCUUCGGUCAAAGAAUCCCUCAAGAAUAAUUUUUGGUGUUUUACAUGUCUUGCAUCUAAAAAUCUACCCAAGAUACAGUUAAAUGUGUUCAAUCAUACGGUAUCAAACUGCAUGUCCCGGUGUUUAAAAUAGCAUCUGGAAUAUAUAUGAUAUACGGGGGAAAUAUACGUGAAUCAUUACGCAACAAGGUUGACAAUUCUUUUAGCUAUGCCAAUUUGUGCUUAGACAGAACACGCUCGCAAAAAUGGCCGCCAGAGGGGCACGAGUCAAUAUUCGGCUUGUCCCGAAAUAAACAUGAGUUGGUCACGAAUGGUUUCCCGAUUUGUGUACGGUUGUUUAUCCUUUAGUAUCAGAAUUGUCAAGAGUUAAUGAGUUCUUCUGUUAAUUGUGUAGCCACUAUCCAUGAUUAUUUACCACAGACAAGAAAAAGCAGUAUGACCUUGUGGAGGGCAUGGUUUGUUUCGGUAAAUCUAAACUUUUUUUCAUUACAAUAGUUUAUGUAAGUUAUCAUCGAUGACAACAAUUUCAUAUCAAAAUCAUUAAUAUUUCUUCCUAUCGACGAUAAUUCUGAUUAUCAAUCUUUUUUACCAGCCCUCGGACUCACUAACAUUUGUGAUGUGGCAAUGUUGGGGAUACCAAGGUUAAUUAAUUCUCAGAGGGACUAAUUGUGUACUUGCUAUGUAUGAUUGUUCACCACUGACACAAAGGUAAAUCAGUAUUACAAUAUAUUUCUUGUGACGAGAAAGUAGCUGGGGAUGUAGUAUUAUUACAGAUGACGGAGCACAGUUAUGUCUGAGGGAUCAGAGAGUCGUUGGAGAGAAUCCAGGAAUGGUACAGAUAUCAGCUUUAGAAAUUGGCACAGGUCCUGUUGUUCUUGCCAAAGUGCCCAAUAAUUAAGGUAUCAUAAGGACUAGUAGAAAUUUGCCAUUUUUUAGGGUUUUACUAUGUGUUAUUAUAAGGACUAGUGGGCUGAAAUGUUAGUUUCUACAGCUGAAUAUAUUAUGGAUUCUUGGUCUGUCUGGACUUGACCCACCUUCGUGGGUUUCACGAAGUGACGUGGUAAAUGUCUACACCUGCGUCACGUCACUCUCUCCUCCCACACUAAGCUGACACUCUGAUGACUGAAAUGCAGUUUGAGGCAGUGGUAAGCCCAAUCCACUCACCAACAGACUGAUGCAUCUUGACAAGUCUGUCACUGUAAUGGCUGCUUGUCUCCUGCGACAGGGUACAGUGAAGUGUGUCAGUCACUCAUAUUUUUCACAUAUUAAGGGUGUGGUGGCAAUAAAGAUAUAAACUGAU